AUACAAAAGUCGUCGUUUCGUCUUCUCCAAUCCUCAGAUCCUUAAAUUCUUCUCUUCCUCUCCAAUCAUAAACUCUGUCUUCACAAGAACACAUCUCUUCAUCUCCUUCUUCAGUCUCCAAUUCAUCCCUUUAAUAUUGAAGUAAACUUAGUUAUGCGAAUUCUGGUUUUAAUAUGAGAGCUAUUGAAAGAUCUGAUGAAGAGGAACUUGUGAUUAAGAAGAAAGCUAGAAUGGUUAGUAGUAAUGUAGAGAACAGUUACGAGGUUCCUAUGUUGUUGCAAAACGAAACAGUGGUUGAAGAGAAUAAAGAGACUAAUGUGGUAAUGGGCGAUGAUGAAAGCUGCAAGAAUGGGGAAGAAACCGAAUGUACUAAGAGAAAGAUCGAUGAAGUUUCGGUUUUGAGCUUGGUAGAUCUAAUAGGUGUUGUGGAGAAUGGUGAAAAUGUUGGAAAGGUUAAAGCUUUAGAGGUGGGAAAGAGUGAAGAGGUUCCAAUGUUGUCAGGAAAUGAAGUGAAUGUUGUUCAAGUUCCUUUGGUAGGAGAUAUUGAAGAGGAGGAAGAGACUUGUGUUGCAUCAGGCGGAGAAACCGAAUCUAAUGAGAGAAAGAUUGAGGAAGGUUCGGUUUUGAGCGUGGGAGAUCGAAUAGGUGUUGUGGAGAAUGGUGAAAACAUUGAAAAGGUUAAAGCUUUAGAGGUGGAAAAGAGUUAUGUAGUUCCAAUGUUGUCAGGAAACGAAGUGAAUGUUGUUCAAGUUCCUUUGGUAGGAGAUAUUGAAGAGGAGAAAGAGACUUGUGUUGCAUCAGGCGGAGAAACCGAAUCUAAUGAGAGAAAGAUUGAGGAAGGUUCGGUUUUGAGCGUGGGAGAUCGAAUAGGUGUUGUGGAGAAUGGUGAAAACGUUGGAAAGGUUACAGCUUUAGAGGUGGGAAAGAGUGGUGAAGUUCCCGGGGUUGAGAAAGUUUCGGUUUUUAGCUUAGCAGGUCGAAAACAUGAUGUCGAAAAUGGUGGAAACAUUGGAAAUGUUCCAGUUUUAGAGGUGGAAAAGAGUGAUGAAGCUUCUCUUGUGGCGGCUAUUGCGAGAAGUAGUGAAGUUCCCGGGGGAGAAAACAGAGGUUUUUGUGUUGAUUCGGGUGGAAUCAGAGAAGUGACCGGAUCAUAUUCGAUGGUUUUGAGGAAAAAGUUACUUGUUCUUGAUCUUAAUGGGUUGCUUGCAGAUGUAGUGAAUCCUCUCAAAGAUGUUAAAGCUGACAUUAAUAUUGGAAGAAGGGCAAUUUUUAAGAGACCUUUUUGUGAAGAGUUUCUCAAGUUCUGUUUUGACAAGUUUGAAGUUGGUAUAUGGUCAUCAAGAAAACAGAACAAUGUUGUAAGAAUUACUGAAUACUUGCUUGGUGAUAUGAUGAAGAAACUGUUGUUUUGUUGGGACAUGUCUUACUGUGCUACGACGACUAUUGGUUCUCUUGAAAAUAAGCACAAGUUUGUGGUGUUCAAAGAUCUAAACCGGCUUUGGGAGAAACACGAUCCAAAUUUACCGUGGAGAAUGGGUGAUUACAACGAAACCAACACUGUUUUGCUUGAUGAUUCUCCUUACAAAGCGUUGCUUAACCCACCAUAUACAGCGAUAUUCCCUCAUUCAUACAAUCAUCAGAACAAGACAGACACAUCCUUAGGUACUAAUGGUGACCUGAGACUUCAUCUUCAGAGGUUGGUAGAUGCUGAAAACGUUCAAGAGUUCAUCAAGAACAACCCUUUUGGUCAAGAAGCUAUUACAGAAGCAAGUGAAUCUUGGGAUUUUUACAGAGAGGCCAUUCGUAUGUUACAUGUACCUGCUCAAAUACACAGAUUUAGAAACUUAAUACGGUAGAAAAAAAGAUGAUUUUUGUUGGGUUUCGGGGAUUAAUUAAAAACGGCGUGAUGUUUUAAUGUUGUUGUUAAAGAUGGCUUGGUGUUUCAUUUUAGAAGUUUGAAACCACAGGUAGUUUUUUUUUGUUUAAAGUGAAACCACAGGUAGUUUGUUUCUCGUUUCCUUUCUUGUGAGUAGUGUGCUUACUCUGAUAUGGUUUAGUAAUGUUUAGUUUGAUAUUUAGAGUUAUUUUCAUGUCUCA